UGCGCAUUUAUGAUCCAUUUACCAUGAUAUCCCCUACCAAACUCCAACAGUGCUAGCCAAAUUCUGGGUUUUGGGAUCUCUCCCAAUCGUUUGGAAGUUGGAACGAAGCAUGACGGCGAGAAAUCAAGCUCCAACCUCCAUGGCUACUUUCAAGCAUUUUUAUCUCAGAAAACUCUUCAUUUUAGUAUCCAUUAUCUUGCUUGUUUUUGUGAUUCUUGUUUUGGGAGUUUCUUCAAACGCUCGGAACGACGACCAUUCGCUUCAAGUUUACGGCUUCGAAAUAGUCAAUGAAUUCCCUCACGAUCCCGGUGCCUUCACCCAGGGUCUUGUUUAUGCUGGAAAAGAUACCUUCUUUGAGUCAACUGGUCUUUACGAGAAUUCAUCGGUUCGCAGGGUAGCUGUUAAGACUGGGAAGGUCGAGCUUCUUCACAAGAUGGCUGAUUCAUAUUUUGGAGAGGGUUUAACUCUUUUGGGUGAAAGGCUGUUCCAAGUAACUUGGUUAACGAAAAUUGGUUUCACGUAUGACAGAAAAAAUUUGCAGAAAUUAGGGCAAUUUACACAUGAGAUGGAAGAUGGGUGGGGACUGGCAACUGAUGGCAAAAUCAUAUAUGGAAGUGAUGGGACUUCAACACUGUAUGAGAUGGAUCCUCAAUCAUUAAAAGUCAGAAGAAAGCAUGUGAUCAAAUUUAAUGGCCUAAAAGUACGCUAUCUGAAUGAAUUGGAAUACAUAGAAGGUGAAAUAUGGGCAAAUGUUUGGAAGACUGACUGCAUUGUUAGAAUCUCACCUGAUAAUGGUAAAAUACUUGGAUGGAUUCUUCUUCCAACUUUAAGAGAAGGACUAUUAGCGGCUGGAUAUACCGGUAUUGAUGUUCUGAAUGGGAUUGCUUGGGAUGCCCACAAAAAUCGCAUUUUCGUGACCGGAAAAUGGUGGCCAAAGCUUUAUGAGAUCAAGCUACACCCGGCUAAGAAGCACUACAGUGGUGGAGACAUUGAGCAGCUUUGCUUGGCAUGAUUCCUAAAGUUUCCCAUUUGGAAAGAGGUGAAUCGGAGAUUAUAUAUGGCCCACUUGAUUCCUAAAGUCUCUAUUCAAUUGUUGUAAAAUGUGUUUCUAUUGUUUGAUGAACUCCCUUGAGAAGAAAUUUACUCGUUCAGGUAACAGGACAGUGCUGUAAUUAUUGGCAUAAUAAAUAAAAAGCGUACAACUUCUCUGCGUUUA